AUGGGAGAUGUGCCAUGGCCCGUGCGCCUGCCCAGCAGCGAGUGCCCCGGAAAGAGAUCCCAGUUGCUUAAGGGCUUACCUGCAACAAGCACUAUUGAAGAAAACUCAGCAGCUGGUGUUUCAGUCUAUAGCUUUAAUGUGACUGUUUCUCCAUUGGCUUCUGAAGGUGUUGCAAUUCUUCCUACCAUAGUAAAUUCAAAUCCACUCACAGAAGCUUUUGAAAUUGAACCAAAAGGAGAUCUUGAAUUCAGGGUUGUUACCACUGGAAACCCUGUCCUAGAUUAUGAAACUAUGCCAAAGAGUUUUGAUUUGGAGAUUUUUGUUGAAGAUGCAACUGGAAGAACUGACCUUAACAUAUUGACUAUUCAAGUAACAGACAAAAAUGAACAUCCUGUAUUUCGAGGAAAUAUGGCAAUUCAAACUGUGACAGUCUAUGUGCUGGAAAGGACACCUCCAGAACGCAUAUACCGAGUUGAUGCGGCUGAUCCUGAAAAUGCGAAACUCAAAUAUUCACUGCUCCCUGCAACAGUGCCAUUCUCAAUCAAGGAAAAUGGAGACAUUUUUUCCACAAAAGAAUUUGAUUAUGAGAAAGAUCCACAUUGUUACUUUUUAAACAUAACAGUGACAGAUCCAGAUGGACUCAACUCAACUAGAACAGUGAACAUAAAUAUAAUUAACGUCAAUGAUGAAAGGCCUUACUUUACCACAAAACAAAGAAUCUACAGGAUUCCAGAGGAACAAAGCCCAGGCACAAUUGUUGCCAAUAUAACAGCUAAAGAUCCUGAUUAUGAAGAUUCUCCCAGCAGACUUUUCUACAGCAUCCAGUCAUCUAACAGACACUUUUCCAUAAAUCCAGCAACUGGAGUGGUGCAGGUGACCGGGAGAAUUGACCGGGAUGCGCUUCCGCUGCGGCUCCAUCCCAACAUCUCACUGACGGUCCGGGUGGAGGACAGCCCCAGCAGUGGCCAUGCCAGAGAAAUGGAGAUCACUAUUGUUAUUGAUGAUGUCAAUGACAACCCCCCAGAAUGCAAUCCUUCUUCCUUCAGGAAAGAAGCAAAUGAAAAUACAGCUCCUGGGACAUUUCUUGUUGAUCUUAGAAAUUACUGUAAAGAUAUUGAUGCUGAUCCAUCAAACAACCAAUUUAUUUUCACUGGAUUAUCUGGUUUUGGAAGCAAUUACUUUGCUCUGGAGUCCAAUGUGUCUGGAAGACUUGUGAUGACUGAAAUGAUUGAUCUAGAAAACCCAGCUAAUCCAGGAGUUGAAGUUUAUACUUUGACUGUCAGGGUGCAAGAUAUUGCCCAUCCUAACUACUCAAAUAUCAUCUACAUUUACAUCAGGAUAAAGCCAGUGAAUGAAUUUUUUCCAGUCUUCCGUAAUUUAUCUUACGUAUUUAGUGUUUCAGAAAUUACUAAAGUUGGAUCCAGCAUUGGAAGAGUGCAUGCCAUAGACCAGGACUGGCCACCCAAUGUCAUCACUUACUCCAUUGUAGCUGGAGCUGGCACCAGCGAUUACACAAAUAUCUUCUGGAUCAGCCCAACAAAAGGAGAUGUGAGGAUUUUAGCUAGGUUAGACUAUGAAACAACUCAGAAACAUAUUUUCACAGUACAGGCCUCAGAUCAAGAGAAGUCUACAACAGCAUCAGUAACUGUGAUUGUUUUGGAAGUAAAUGAUGAAGAACCAGUUUGUUUACCCAAUUUCUUCUCACUUCAAAUCCCAGUCAAUUUAGCUGUUGGGACCAAUAUUAAUGGCUUCAGGAUUGAAUGUCAAGAUCGUGAUUCUGAUCCCAGGUCUUUCCGUUACUUCAUUAAUGAAGGCAAUGAGAACAGUCAUUUCACCUUUUCACCAAGUGCUGGCUCCAACACAUCUCGUCUGAUUCUUGCAUCAAUGUUUGACUAUGAGAGUGGCCUUGAUACAAACUGGGUUUACAGUCUGCGUGUCCACAUAACCGACGACAAUUUAGCAUCUGCCAGGGGCAAAGCUACACACUUAACUAAAACUGGAACAGUGACUUUAAGCAUCAGAGUUAUCCCAAGCCCAACUACUGCCACAACCACUACGCCUGGCUUCACUGUUGUGACGAGAAGGGAGAACCUCUACUCUCCGUCGGCGUGGUACGUGCCCUUCGUGCUCACGCUGGGCGCCUCGCUGCUCCUCGGGCUGCUGGGCUACCUGGGGCUCCUGCUGCUCGCCCGGCUCCGCUGCCCCCCGCCAGGGAAGGCACGCAGCACCCCUCUGAUAAAUGCUCCAGAAAAGAAGAAGUCUAAGAAAGAAGCAGUUGUGACAAUGACAAAGCUAAACACAGUCUUUGAUGGAGAAGCCAGAGACCCAGUUACUGGCAGAAUGUAUGAGUUCAAUACACGGUCGGGGGCCCGGAGGUGGAAGAAGAGCAAUGAGCCCCUGCAGCCAAUGCUGGCUAUGCAGGAAAUGUCCAUUACCACAGAAAAUAAUGGCCAAGGGGUGGAUAGAGCAGAAGCACCAAGCAAAAAUGAGUCUUCAGAGAAGAGGAAAGAGUUGACUGCAGCAACAAAACCAGCUGCCAAGCCCUCAGCAGGGCAAUCAGAAACAGCAGGCUAA